GCACUAACACGGCACCACAUCCUGGAAAUUCCGCACGCGUGUGCGCAGGUAUCGCCCUUUGUCCCUCUCCGCGUUCUCGCCUUUCUUUGAAACGCAAUAAAUAAGGAAACGCACAGCAGCACUUCGGAGCGAUGCCGCGAUGGUCGCAGGCGUCCGUGGUGACGAUUUCGGGCUCUGCCUUUGACAUCGACCUGCCGGGACUGGCGGCGGCGGCUGUGCGAAUUUACUUCUGCGGCCACCCCGCCAGGUCCACCGGCAUCGUUAACCUGCGUCUCCUCCUCGGCGAUCACGGGUACGUGCUAGCCGAAAAGCGUCGCGUGAAGGCGGUCACGGCAGACGACGGCGAGACGGCGGAGGACAACGACAGCAACAACGAUAAUGCAAAGAAAAAGCAGGGGAAGAGAAGCGUGGCUGACAACGACGCGGAUAGCUCCAGCACCACGGCAGACGGCGAGAGCGGCACCAACGUGCAUGACGAAAAGAAGUCGUCGCACAGCACCUAUCGAUUAUGCUCUUCGGAAGGGCUGCCACCGGGGUGCUUCCGUGUAAAGCAUGAUCGGCACUACUGGGUGAUGCGCGCCGGGGAUGGCGUGGCGCCGGCGCAGACGCCUCAUCCGCGGCCCACAGAAGAGCAGCUUCUUUCCCUUUCCGCGCCUCCUAGUGCUGUGUCGCAAACCCACGUCGACGCAGUGCGCAUCGAUCUCAAGAAGAAAGGGGAAAAAGAGGGGCCCGAGGAGUCGGAGAAGCAGCCGAGCCGGCGCAAGAGGUCCCAUCAUGCGAAAGAGGUGGAUGAGGAAGAGCGCACGUCUGCGAAAACGGCGCGGGUGGAUCACCGCCCUCACGAAAGUGCUGUGGAGGCCGCAGAGGCAACACGGCGACCCGCAGACACAGCAGCAAAUGUAGCUGCCGGUGCCGUGGGAGAUGUUGUGGGAGAUGUGGAAGCUACGCUGGCUGAACUGUUUUUCUCCUCCGCCUCCCUGGCUCCUUCUACAAAACCAUCCCCUUCUGCGCUGCCCUCAAAGACAGCAGCAGCAGCAGGAACAGGAACAGCGCCACAUGCGGUAGCCGGGGGUGUGGGUGAGGCACCGCAAAAACCUGCGGCGGUGAAUAAGACGAAGAAGGGCGUGACCCAAACGGAUGCAGAGAGAAGUGCGGAGGAGAGUGCGGAGGCCACACCGCCUCCCCUGCCACGGCGUCGUGGUCGUCGCGGUGCCGUUGCCGUGGCGCAAGAGGAAAACGAAGCGGCGUCUGCAGCGGCAGACACGUCCACGAGACCUCUUGAGACGCGCAGUUCCACGGUGAACAGCGACGUCAUCGGGUUGGCGGGAGAGGAGUCUGCGUCCCUCACGGAGAAACAUCAGCACAAGGGGAAGAAGAACGAGAAGCGGACGGAUGAAGUCGCCGCCCCUGAAGAGCCGCCGCAUCGUCAUCAGCGACAGCCAGAACAGCCGGAGUCGACGCCGCUGCCUCGCAACUCGGGAAAAGCAGUUAGUCCUCCGUCCCCCUACGCCGCUCCGAUGCUCAGCAACACGAAGCAGGACGCGUCAGCCCGCAGGCGCCGCCCCGUCUCUCCAUCGCCGUCGCCGUCGCCCCCUCUGGUCGAUUCCCCGCCGCCUCGGCUGGCCACCCCGCCGCCGCCUCCCGCUGCGAUCCCGCCGGUGGCCCUCCCGAGGAACACGACAGAGCAGAAGAAGACACGGAAGCCGGCCCACAAGGCGCUGACCUCGACUGUGAGCCCCACACAGGAGGUGGAAGCGGGUGAGAAGCAAGCGGUGUCCUCCGCCACGCCAAAGACGGUCGCAGCCGCAGCGACGGCAGCAGCAUCGGCGUGGAGGUCGGGCAGGUUGGAGACUUUCGCAGACGCCCUGCGCACCCCGACGCCAUCUCCACCGACCGCUCGCUCUCCUGCACUUCAGUCGCCGCUGCCACCGCCUGUGGCGCCACCCACUCCGCCGAAGUCGGGUUUGUUGUCGACUGCUGGCCAACGCCACAGCGCAGACACGACGCCGCAGCACGGCCGACACCGAAGCCGCCCCAGUGGAGCGAAGACGACGAGUCCAACAUUUAUGUACAGCAAUCGAAGCAGCGGCACAGUGGCCUCUCGUCAGGAGCAACUGCCGCUACCGUCGUCGUCUUCGACACCUGCCGCAGCCCCUGCAACUGGCAUCCGCUCCACGAGCAGCAGUGCGCGUCUGGCGCCCCUCACCUCCCCGCACCUCCGGCAGCAUCAGCAGCAGUUUUCCCAUCGAGGCAGCAGCAGCAGCGUGAACAACAACGGUAACCACAGCGGCCAUGGCGGCUCCUUGCAACAGAGCGACGGCGGCAGUUUCUACAUGAUCCCUCAGGACAGCCCCGCGCUGGGCUUCACGCAGGUGCACAACACACUAGCGGAGGAGUUUAGUCUGGACCCGUCGGCGAGCGACACGUCGUCGACCGUCUCGGAGUAUUUGUAUGACGUGGAGGGUUGA